AUGAAUCUAGGUUUUAAUCCUAAGCCAUAUAUUCGUGUUUUUGAAGCGGCUCUUGAUCGUUUAGUUGUAAUGAAUUCAGAAGUAUUGUCAAAUAUAAAGGAAAAUGAAAUAGAAGCUAAGAAAGCUGAUAUUGAUCAUUGUUCAAAAGUCAGAAAAGUGAAAGAAAAAUUUGAUAAUAUAGUGAAAGAAUUCAAUAUUUUGGAAAAUGAAAUAAAUACAUCAGGAGAACAUGCAAUUAAAUUAGGAAAACAAUUUGAAAAUAUUAAUAAACAAAAUUCUAAAGCACAAGAAAUCAAAUUAUUGAUUCAAUCUUAUAUUGAAACUGAAAAAGGCGAUUUUAAUUCUUUGGAAAAGCUUCGUUUAAAAGGUUCUAUGGAAUCGCAGGCACUUUGUGCAUCUUUGACAAAAAAUCUUCUUUUUCUAAGAAAAGAUAUUAAUCUUUUUGGAUCUUCUAAAACAAUUGAAUUAUUAGAGAAAUUUUCAGAAAUACUUGAAAAAGAUCUUUUGGAAUGUUUUGAUAAAGCAUAUAAAGAAGGAAGUUUGAAUGAUAUGGCGGAAUAUGCAAAAAUUUUGUUUGAUUUUAAUGGAGGUGGUUCUGUGAUUAGAAAUUUUGUUAAUCAACAUGAUUUUUUUAUUGUACCGAAAAAUCUUCAAGAACAAGGAAUUAAUAAAAAUGAUGAAAUAUGGAAGGAAUUGUCUGAUCCUGAUAUAAAUAUUUCAGAAAGUGAUUUUCUAGUUAAAUCGAAUUUUCAGUCACUUGUUGAUUUAGUUCGAAAAACCAUUAAAACAGAAUAUAACAUUAUCCGAAGUGUUUUUCCUAAUCCUUCUGUUGUGUUUCAGGUUUUUUUACAAAGGAUAUUUGCGCAAUCGAUACAAUUACGACUAGAAGAAAUUAUUAAAUACGCCGAAUUAAAUUCUACUUUGGCUUAUCUUCGUGUAUUACAAGCUACACACAGUUCUUUGACAGAUCUUGUUGAGGAUCUAAAGUCUUUUGAACAAACGUCCUUAUCAUCUGAUUUAUCUAAUGAAUUUUCUGGCUUAGCUAGUUAUGCAUUAGAACAAUGUUUAAAUGACUUGUUUAUUCCUUAUUUAGAAGGAUCUCGAUAUAUCGAAAAAGAAAGGAAAUCUUUGAAUGAAUUAUACAGCUCAUUCCUUUGUAAUUUUAAUCUGUAUCAUGCUCAAAGAAAGUCCUUAAAAAAUUCAACAAUGCUUGAUAGAGUUGUAAGUCGUUUUCAAGCAGCUACUAUAUCAACUCAGUCAACAUUAACUUUUGUACGAGAUAAUGAUGGAAACUAUAGGAAAUCAAAUAUUUAUAGGGAUCGUAAAGAAAGAGGCGAAUUUUCUAAGUUAGAUGAAUUUGAAGCCACUGAGAAUGAUGGAAAAUGUACUUUAAAUUGCAUUAAUAAGUUUUUGAAGUGGAAUGCAGAGGCUAUCGGUAGAGUUGUUGAAUUAUUUCCGCAAAGCGAGCUUACAAAAGAUUCGUUUUCAGUACUUAGAGUACUUUUUGAAUAUGUUUUUUCCGUUUAUUUAGAUAUAAGUCUAGAAACAAUUCUUGAUACUAUUGAGUCUUAUGAUGGAAAAAGUGAGCCAGAAAUAAAAUAUUUUGAAGAAUUAAAAGAAAUGACUAUAAUUGUCAAUUUACUUUCAACAUAUUUUAAUAUUAUUAUUCUCCCUAUCGUUUCUUUUUCUCUUACAUUAAAAAGAGACGUAAUUAUUUCUACUAAUAGUAACAUUUUAAAAAUUGAAAAUAAAAUAGAUUUGAUAAUUCAGAAAUCUGUUGAUGUAAUUUUAAAUUGGAUAAAUGUUUUGCUCAGUAAACAAAAGAAAAACGAUUUUAAACCUAGAGAUGAUGAUCAGAGAAUGGAAAAUUUAAGUACUGAGCCAUGCAAAUUAGUUGUACAGUUUAUUUCUAAAGUUUAUAACAUUGCUUACGAUAAUCUUAUUGGAUUGAAUCUUGAAAAUUUUCUUGUUAUUUUUGGAAUGUCAUUUCUUAAGCUUUUAUUAGAACAUUUUAAGAAAUUUUUUGUAAGUCCUUCAGGAGGAUUAAUAUUAACAAAAGAUUUAACUGAAUACGAAAAAUGCAUUGGAGCCUGGGGAAUUCCUAAAUUAAAUGAGAAAUUCAAAUUACUUCAUGAACUUGGCAAUAUUUUUAUUGUGAGAUCGGAUAUUUUAGGAUCAUUACUUAAUCAAGGAAUAUUGGGUCGUGUUAAUUUAAAAUAUUUAAUACCAUAUAUUUCAAAAAGAACAGACUAUUAUACCUCGGAUAUCAAUAAAAUCAUUUCAAAUGAAGAAAUUCAUGAUUAAAAAGUUAUUGUAAAUUAAUUAUUUUAAAUAUAAAAAGCU